AAUAAUCGUAGGUGUUUUUAGGUGGUGUACAAAUGAGAACUUUUGUUUAUUUUUUUCUUCUAUUAUUUUUGUCUAAUAUUUAUUAAAUUUGUUGAAACUUGAUUUAAUUAAGUAAAAAGAUUAUUUAAUUGCAUAGAAAAACUAGGAGUUCCGAAUCUUAUGAUACAUUAUUCAAACGUGAUUGAUUAACUGAGAGACUAGGCGAAAAAAACAGUGACUUCAUGAAGAUGUUUCGCGCUUUACUAAUUUCCAGUUGUGUUCUUGGACUUGUCAGAACAGUGUGUAUCGACACACAAGCAUGGUGUCCUGCAACUGUCAAUUAUUGUAUUUAUAAACCUUUCGCCGUUCAAUGCCCUAAAACAUGUGGGAUAUGCUCUGAUAUGACAACUUCAACUUCAACGACAACAACGACAACAGAAACCGAAUUACCUACAUCAACAACGACUAAAAAGACGACAGCAGCAAAAACAACGACGAAAACUACGACGACAACGACGACGACGACCAGAUCACCAACAAUAUCAGCGACGACGGCAAAAUUAUCGUCAACGACAACAACAACGACUACGAGUCCAUCGCCAACAUCAUCAACGACGACGACUAACUUACCCUCGACAUCGACAACAACAACAACGUCGACUUCAACUGAAGAGCCUGCAAAAAUCAUAUCAUCAACGACAGCAGUCACUAAGCCGACAACAAUAUCGUCCAAUUUAACAGUUUGUAGCGAUUAUUACCACUGGUGUCGCAUAGUGGCGACAGAUACAGCACGUUACUGCGAGAAUAUUUACAGCAAUUACAAAGUAGACUGUCCAAGCUCUUGCAAUGUUUGUGAAAGUGUAACAUUGGAAGAAAAAUGCGGAAACUUCCAGGAUAUGACGGCGUACAACUGCGAGACAAGAAACUGCAUGAACUUAGAUUUACUCGAGCAAGAUCGAGUCUUAAAAUAUUGUUCAAAAACAUGUUGUUUAAGAAAUGAACUGUACACAUAUGUUCCACCUCCUUCCACCACAACCAAAUCUACAACAAGGGUUUCAAGCACGACCAUGGCAACUUUAAUAAGUACUUCAACAUUUUCUUCUCCAACGACCAGUGGGCUGGUAACACCUACUGAAAUUGCAAUUACAACGCCUUUGUUAAACUUCUGUGGAGACAGGUUCCCUUGGUGUAGAAUAAUAGCCAGUAAUAUUACAAGAUAUUGUCAAGAUAUGGGCAUAAACUAUAAAAAAGACUGUCUGUGGACAUGCAAUCAAUGUUCUGGUCCUGUUGAAGAGAGAUGUAACAAUUUUAUCGACAACACAGCGUAUGAUUGUGCAUCAAGAAAUUGUGAAGAGGCAGAUCCAUACGUGCAGCAUCGAGUACUUAAGUAUUGCCCAAAAACCUGCUGUUUAAGGAGUCAGCUAUAUAACUUCAGCGCUAUGUAACAAUAUUUUUUUGCUAAACUUAUUUUAAUGUUAUGUGUCCUCGUAAAUAACUGUAAAAAUGAUUUAUUUCAAAGAUUUAGCAAUUUAUCAC